GUUAAAAGUAGAUGGAGAAGUCCCCGGUGGUCAUGGCCGAAGAAGGAGAACACUCGGGAGCUAAGGAACUUCCCAAACCCAAAAUCUCCAUGUCGGAUCUCACCUUUGUCAUAGGCGUGUACACAACCAAAUCAAAGAAGUUAACAGUUGUAGAAUUUGGCGCGGACCGCGAGUUUAACCCUAAUGACCGGUUCAAAAUAGAAAUCGUAGACUUGAGUCGUUUUGAACUGCCCAAGUCUGGUAUGGAUGAUGUAAUGAUCACUUGGGAAGUCGUUUAUAAGAAAGAUUGGCAAAACAUUGUCACAAUCGUUAAAGGUCGAAGGUCAUUAGACACAAACUUACGAUGGUUGUUCAACGAUCUUCUUGCUCCAGAAGAUCUAAUCAGACGUGGCCUAACCGGCGAUGUCAAGGUGAGUUUAAACGGCGACUUACUUGACAAGAUCAGCCUUGAGAUAUUCAUUGAAAGCGACCAGAGAUAUUUUUCCCCUGAAGAUACUCUUAGAUAUCUUCAAUGUUUUUUCCCCUCUAAAAACUAAUUAUUAUGUAUAUACAAAGUCUGUGAAAUUUAAAAAUAUGUAAGCGUUUCUACCUAAAUAAUCAAGAGCUUUGUUUUGCACCAAAAAA